CACAAACGCCAGCCAGCGUUCUGCGUAGUCAAGCCUGCGUUUUCAGUUUUCGGAGGUUUUAUCAAACUUUUAGCUAGCUAAUGUAACUUAGCUUUUACCUUACCUUUACUGAGUGGUUUUAGCCAAGACGAUGGACGUAUUACUCGAGGCACAAACCAAACCGCUUUCUAUACUGUCUGCAUUUAGUUACGUCCCACCACGACGAAAGGAAGAAAUGUCGUACUUUAACAAAGGCUCCAAGGCCCCAGAAGUGUUCACGUACGACCAAGUGUUCCAACAGGAAGAGGGUUAUGACAUGAGACUGCACCGAGAUGACAGAAAACACUUUAAAGCAAGAGGACUGGACAUAAACGAGGAGGAGAAGUCCAGAGCCGUACCGGUGCGCACCUCUGCAGAAUACGGCCGCCGUCCUGUUCCCCUCACCUACCAAACAAGCCGGCAGCACUCGCGCGUGGCUUGCAUAAAAGCAGACUUUUUCAAGAAAAAUGGAAUCGUCUGGAAUGUGGCAGAAGGCUACGGAUCAGUGGUCCCUGAUUGAGUGUUUGUUCUCACUGUGAAAAGAAUAAACUAGUGUUGUAGUGUGUAGAUUGUACUUGAUGGGUCCACAGUAAAAAAAAACAAAAACAUUUCAACCAUCAUUUAAUCAGAUGGCGUUUGAUUAUGGUAUAUUAUUGUAUUCUAGUUAGUCAUCAUUAGCAAGACAAAUUGUUAUUUGAAGUGAAAUAUUAUCUGUCAAAAGACCUUAAAGAAUACAUCAAAAUAUGAAGACGGUGACAUUUUCCAGGAAGCUCAGCUACAUUUUCUAUGGCUGAAAUCACUUAAUCAGUAUGAGCGUUAUUUAAAGGUGCAGGUGAUAGAGACAGUCCAACAAUGUGUUCCAGUUAUUGCAGCACAUUAUAUCAAAGAUCAUUCUUGGUGUUCGUAUUUCUGCCUUCAGUAUAAUGGUUGCUUUUAUUAAGAGAAUGAAUGUUCUAGAUGACAGGCCUAAUGUGAAAAUUUAAACUGACUUCCAUACUGACUUCUCUAUUGAGCCUUCCACUUACUACUGAAAGCGAGACUAAGAUUAAUUUACAUAAACUGCAGAAAUUACAGAGUUGCUUCGACCAAACACCCAAUCCUUCAUACACACCGUCUGUACUUGAUCUCCUUUGGCAGUUGAUUUUUUUGUUACCCCUGCUUUAUGUAAAUACACUUCUUUCUCCGCAUCACUUACCUCUUUGAUUUGCAAGUUCUUGGAUUCUUUUUGUGUAUAAAUUCUGAACCCACGCAACUGAGACUCCUACAUAAUAGGAUUUGUUUUUAGCACAGACAUCUCUCAUUUGCUUCUGCCUUUGUACUCUGGCAGAAAUAGACCAUUUAUUCUUGGAAAUUAUACAGUAUUUGAAUCUGUUUGUUGGUGUUCAAACUGCAGUGUUUAUUUAAGAGGAUUAGGAGCUAAUACAGAAGGUGAAAGGGAGAAAAAGAAAAAUAGCUGAGUAAAAUGCAAAUGUCUUCUAAAUUAGUAUGUGGUCACAAAAGCCUGUCUAAAACAAUGGUUUCACACCUCAAACGGCAGAUUCAUCCUCAGAGAUUUCAGAAGUGUUAACAGUGACAAUUGGUAUUUGUAAGCCAGAGGGUAUACCGUCAUGUGAUAUAUUUAAGGGAAUUGUUCGACAUUUUGAGAAAUACGCUUAGAGAAUUUUGCUUCCUCACAAAUAUUCUCUCUAUUGCUUUAAAAAAGAUCAUAUACUUUUAAAGAUGCUGUUAUUAGAGCUACUGUACAAAAUAGUGACCAGUAUUACUAAUGCAUUCUGGCAUGUUUG